ACCCCAGUUAAAAUAAGUGUAUGGUUGUGAUGUAACUUUUGCACAUGCUUUAACAGCGUGUAAUAAAUAAAUUUAACAUGUAAUGGCUCAUAUUUUGGUUCUUCCAGUUAAAGGGUUUAGGGUUUAAACUUACAGGUAUGUUUAUUCGAUUGUUAAGACUUCCAGGUAAGAUGACUUAUUUAUAUGGGCAACUAGUAUAUCAUGCUGAAUUCAGUCAGAUUCAAUGAUUUGCUGAACUCAAAAUGCAGCUGUCCACCUUCCUGUUGAUAAGUAUAAGUAAAUAAGAAGUUAAAAUUUUGUGGUCACUUAUAUGUUAUGAUAUGAAGAUCGCCACAAUGGACAUUAAUGCAAAGACUUCAAAAAACAAAUUGAGCUUGAACCUACUUCCAUGCUUUAAAGAAGGAUCAUAUUGUAUACCAGGCAGGAUUUCUAAUUGUGAAAUGGAGGCCUAUAGAAGAGGUAUUUUUAGCAUCAGUUUUAAGUUUUGAAUUUAUGUUGUCUAUAGUAAAAUAUAUAAUGGGAAAGGUAUAUGGAAUUAUCUAGGAUCAAUAGUUUGUUACUAUGGUUACUAUUUACCAUUUUCUAGCAUCUAUGUCCAACUAAGUUCCUGAGUUGCUUUACUGAUAUUGAAAGCUCAUUUGGCCUGUGUCUGAAUUUGUGCAAUAUUUUGUCAAAAUGAAAGACAACACUAAACAUUUGUCUCUGGCAUUGAAAUAACUUUCUAAGGUUUGGUGGUUUCUUGCCAUGCUUUCUGAUAUAUAAGCGUUGGGAUGCAUAUACUUGAGUCCAUGUAGUUCACCUCUGAUUAUUGUGGCAAACAGCCCCAUCAAGAAAUUUGGAAAAUUGGUGUUUGACAUUGUUACAUCUGGAAACUUGAGCGAACCCUUUUGUUUCCAGUCUCAAAACUUUGUUUCAUCUAUCCGUUGAUUAACUUAUGAACUACAUGUUUUAUAGUGUACCUUUUGUACUCCCUCCAUUCCAAAUUGUAGGUCGUUUUGGCAAACCUAGAUACAUAGUUUUUGCUAUGUAUCUAGAUGUAGUGUUUAUUUAGGUUCAUGGCAAAAGCUAUGUAUCUAGAUUUUUGGCAAAUCUAGAUACAUAGUUUUUGCUAUGUAUCUAGACAUAGUGUUUAUUUAGGUUCAUGGCAAAAGCUAUGUAUCUAGAUUUGCCAGAACGACCUACAAUUUGAAACGGAUAGAGUAUAUGAUAAUAUUUGCUUCAGCAUUAUCAUGUUUUAGCUACUCAGCACAUAGGCAAUUUGCCUUGUCAUGUUACACUUCUGCCGCUUCAGUUCUUUGCUGUUAUGUUCAUACAGCCUACAAUGGGUGAUGUGCACAUGAUAAUUGUUAUUAUCAAAAUGGUAGAUUUCUGAUUUCCCCUAAUAAUUAUACACAGGAGAGUGAAAGGUUAUUGUUUGUCCUCAGAAUAUUCUUAAAUGAUCUAGGGUAUUUCUAGGGUUUAGACCUUUCUUAAUGGUGAAACCAAACCAAUGACAAAAUACAGUUGAUAACAAAUUUCUAACUAGACUUUAGCUAUGUGGUAUUAUGUCUUGAGCAUUUUGUCAAGAUUGCUCAUUUUGUUGCGAAUGAUUUUCACUUAUCUACACAUAAUUAGUGGGACAAGACAGUUGGUUUAUACUAGACUGAUAGACCUAAUUUUUUUUUGUGCGGUUUGCAUGUUUAUACCAUUGGGUGAUUUUUGGCUAUGCAGAUUUGCACGGAUGUUCAGUUACGGCAUGCCUAGUGUUGGGGGAAUGGCCCAACUCAUAUUAUAAAUGGGCCUCAUGUGAUAGCCUAAGGGUUUAUUUAUAAAUAUUGUAUUCAUCAAGGGGCCGGAGGAAAAUUGCCCCCUCCUCCCUUCCUAUCUUCCUAUAUAUAUAGCUGACCCAAGGGCUCAAAGAGGCUCCUCUCUUUUGAGCUCUCUCCUCACUUGUUAUUGUUUCUACUGCUUGGCGGACUCACCUCCCCAACAGUCUAGCGUCCACCGCGUGUUUGGCACGAAAUAAAGCCCACGGAUUACCACACCGAGGAGCCAAGCCAAGACGAAGCCAUGCUCACUUCGGCCUUCGGCCCUUUGGCGAAGACGAGGGUCACCUACCGCGCCAAGCAGCCUCGACCCCGAGUUGCUUCAAUUGCAGCACCAGGAUUCUUCGGCACCAACUUCCGGCCUGUUCGGAUGGGCUAAAAGCCCUGGCUGGGCUGAUUCUUGCUGGAGUGAUAAGCCCAGCCGUUCGGCUUGGACGGAGCAGCCGAACGGCUUACACGUCCGCCCGAAUUCGUGUGAAAAACAAAAGCGUCCGCCCGAAGGGGCCUUCAGCCCGUCAUAGCCCCACUCCUCCCCCGCGUCCCGACCACCCAAGGCUAGGGUUGGGUGCCACGCCGCCGCCCGUCCUGCCUCGCGCCGCCGCCGGCCGGCCGUCCUGUCCCGCGGCGCCGUCCGUGCACGCCGACGCCGCCGGCUUCCCUCCCGCCCCGCACCGCUGUCGUCUGGGCCGCCCCGCGCCGCCGUCGUCUCCAUCGGCGAGGUCCGCCGCUGUCUCCAUCGACGAGGUCCUCCGCUGUCUCCAUCGACGAGCUUUGCCCCGCCGCCGCGGACUCCCGCCAGAGAUAUGCUAAUUUGCGGAGAAGGCUAUUAAUAGAUCCCCAUCUUUCCCAGGAUGAAGAAGGUGCCCCUGACUUGAUUGUGCAGAAUCCACUGUCACAGAUCCGCCGACAGACGCUGAUUUGAUCUACUUCGAGUUCAGUCAGCCCCUGGCCAACGUUGACCAUACUGGCAGCCUCAUCUACUUCCUCGUGCUCCCCCCCUCAAGCCAGGCAGUACAACAUCCUUUCAAGACGCGCGAAGCCAACUGAGCAGAUGUCUCGUGAUCGUGCUAAUUGGGAUGACCAUAAGUUGUCCCUGAUGCUUGACCUAGUGGCAAGGCAGAAAGAACUAUGCCAUUGGGGAGAUAAAGGCCCUACCUCCAUCGGCUGGACUAAUAUUUAUCGUUCCUUCAACGAUUCCACUAAAUUGGGAUACAGCAAGAAACAGAUCCAAAACAAGUUCAACGAACUCAAAAGAUUGUACUUCAACUGGCGCGACGGGCGCAAACACACUGGGCUAGGCCGUGACCCGGAGACCGGUGAGGUGGCAGUUGACCCCGUUUGGUAUGCGGCUGUCCAUGGGGUAGUAGCUUGGACCUUAUCCUUCAAUCCACGAUGGACAGCAGCGAGGAAUCGUCGACCAGUAGGUCUUCUACCGACAGCCACGACGCCCAUAACCAAGCUGAGUGGAGCUCAAUGGAUGAAAUUGAGUCUUGAUGACCCUACUAAAUGCAUAGAUAAUUUACGUAUGUCUCGUGAUGCUUUCCUGAACUUGCAUGACCGCUUACUUCCAUAUGGGCUGAAAAGUACAAAAGAUUGCGGUUCCAUGGAAACUUUAGGUUUAUAUAUCUGGACUUGUGCACACGGGGCUGGUGUUAGAGAAUGCAGGGAUAGAUUCGAAAGGUCUUUAGAUACAAUAAGUAGAAAGACUUCUAAGCUGGCAGAAAUUAUGUUUAGGUGGGCACAGACUGUACUAGUUCCUGCCGAUAGUAACUACACACAAGUGAGCAGCGAACUUGCGGAAUAUGCACCAUGGUUUGAUGGAUGCAUAGGUGCUAUAGAUGGCACUCAUAUACCGGUGGAAGUGAAUCAAGAAGCCAAAGCUGACUUCAUUAAUAGGGACGGAGAAGUUUCGAUUAAUGUUUGCGCCAUAGUGGACAUGCAUGGCCGAUUCACCUAUGUGGGAGCCGGGAAGGCGGGUGCAUGUCAUGAUAUGGCGGUUCUCCAAGAUUGUCAGGCGGAUCAAAGAUUCCCGAAUCCACCACCAGGCCGAUACUACCUGGCGGACUCGGGUUAUAUGGAGCAGCAAGGGUAUAUAACUCCUUUCCGGGAUACUAGGUACCAUAGGUCACAUUUUAGGGGAGUUGAUGUUCGCACAUUAGAUCGUCACGAGAAAUUUAACUACAUUCACUCCAAGCUGCGCAAUAUCAUUGAACGGAGGUUUGGGCAUUUGAAAGAGCGGUGGCAUAUCCUGGAAGGGGUUCCAUUCUUCAGGAGGGAAAAGCAAGCAUGGAUUAUCAUAUCAUGCUUUGCAAUGGAGAAUUAUCUGUGGCUGCGUCAAUAUGGAGAUGGUUCAACUUACGAUCCGUCGGAGUGGGUGGCGAUGAAUACUACAACUAAUACCUCAGAACUCAGGGAGUUAGUUUCUGCUGCUGUGUGGCCGGCAUGAUUCGUAAUUUGUUGCUGGUGAAUGGACUCUGAAUUUGGUGUUAUUAUGUGAACAACCAGAAUGGACUUGUGGUUUGGCGCCAUGUAUGGAACUGAUGUUGAUUGGGGAUUUUUGUAAUUCUUAAUGUUGAUCAGUUAAUUGUUAA